AGUAUCGCACUCAAAGCGAAGUGUAGGCAGGCACAGAUAAUAGAAGGGACGCGUGCCUCUGCCCAAGCGUUGCUGACGUAUGCCAAACCUUACAACGUCUAGAAAGGGGAACGCGACCCGGAGUAUCGACGUCCUUGAUAACCCGUGAACUCCGUGCCAAGAACAAUUCCUGGAUUCGGAAACUGACCAGGAAAAGUAAAAAGAAGAUUUGCAGUUAAUUUUUAUUCUGUUAUUUUGUUUUAUCGUUUCAGAGGAGACAAGUAUCACUUUGAAACGUUGGAGACUGAGGUUUAAAGUCCCGACCGAAAGAGACAGUCUUCCCUCUCCCCUGCACGCGUCGUUUGCCAUGGCUUUGACAACCUGUACCAGAUUUACCGACGAGUUUAAUCUCUACGAAGAGCUGGGAAAGGGAGCUUUCUCCAUAGUGAAAAGAUGUAUGAGGAUCUCCAGCGGACAGGAGUAUGCUGCCAAAAUCAUCAACACUAAGAAGCUAUCUGCUCGGGAUCACCAGAAGCUGGAAAGAGAGGCCAGGAUUUGUCGUCUGCUCAAGCACCCCAAUAUCGUGAGGCUCCAUGACAGCAUAUCAGAGGAGGGAUUCCACUACCUGGUCUUUGACUUGGUGACUGGUGGGGAGCUGUUUGAGGAUAUCGUAGCCAGAGAGUACUACAGCGAAGCAGAUGCCAGCCAAUGCAUACAGCAGAUUCUAGAAAGUGUAAAUCAUUGUCACCAAAGUGGUAUAGUUCACAGGGACAUGAAGCCUGAGAAUCUGCUCCUGGCCAGUAAGCUGAAGGGAGCUGCGGUGAAGUUGGCAGACUUUGGCCUGGCCAUCGAGGUGCAGGGGGACCAGCAGGCAUGGUUCGGUUUUGCGGGAACCCCAGGCUACUUGUCCCCAGAGGUUCUGAGGAAAGACCCCUAUGGGAAACCUGUGGACAUGUGGGCCUGUGGUGUGAUCCUCUACAUUCUUCUGGUGGGCUACCCUCCCUUCUGGGACGAAGACCAGCACAGACUGUACCAGCAGAUCAAGGCUGGGGCCUACGACUUUCCGUCCCCUGAGUGGGACACGGUGACCCCCGAGGCCAAAGACCUGAUCAACAAGAUGUUGACCAUCAACCCUGCCAAGAGAGUCACCGCAACAGACGCACUCAAACACCCCUGGAUCUGCCAACGGUCCACCGUGGCGUCCAUGAUGCACAGACAGGAGACUGUGGAGUGCCUGAGGAAGUUCAACGCCCGGAGGAAACUCAAGGGUGCUAUCCUCACCACCAUGCUGGCCACACGCAACUUCUCAGCAGCCAAGAGCCUGCUCAACAAGAAAGCUGACGGCGUCAAGAUCAACAACAAGACCAAUGUAGUCACCAGCCCCAAAGAGCCCCCCACACUGGAGCCUCAAACCACUGUUCUCCACAACCCAACUGAUGGAAACAAGGAGUCCAGCGAGAGCGCUAACACCACCAUGGAAGAUGAGGACGUGAAAGUUGAGAUGACGCCCUAUCCUGCAGCUGUUGCUGAUCUAUGGACCCCGCCUACCAAGUGUCUGUCACAUUCUCAUCCAAUCUCGGCCCAACUCUGCCAUCUCAGAGUGUUGUUUACAUAUCGUCGAUGCUGAACUGAAGAUUCUUCUUGCAAAAGAUGAAAAGGAAAUACACAACAAUCUUGACGAUAUAAUUUAGUAUUUUAUCAUUUGAGUGAAAAUGUUGUUUUAUCACCUUCUGUCUCAUCGCAGGACAUUUAUAACUAAAAAAAAAAUGUUUUUUAUUCUGAAACAAUGAUUUCCUCUUUUUGAACAUGUUUUAUGUUUGAUGGGAAAAUGUUCAAUCUUCAAUAUUAUCAGUGUCAGGAACAUGCGGUGAACCAACACCAAACUCAUCAAGGUAUUCAUCUCAUCUGAAUAUUACACAUCAAUCCCAAUAACUGAACUGAUAUAGGUUUAGCCUUAAACCAACAUUGCAGUCUGUCAAUCCUUCUUUAAAUGUCAGUCUUGGUGCAGAAAAAUCUAAGAACAUAAGUGAACGACAAACAUGAGCUUGCUUUUAUUUUGGUGAUGUAUUGACUUGUGAUUGAUGUGAAUCGCUAUAUCUUUGCUUAAAAUCUGGAAUAUUAAACUGUUUAAUUAUGAGCUUUAGUUUGCAAUCUUUUAACAAUUCUAAGUUGUUCUCAACUGGCUCAAUAUUAAGUAUGAUUACUGGGAAUUUUUAUUGACAGUUUAUGUUAAGGGAAAAAUGGUAUCCUAUGUUUUAUAAUAUGCGUUUGUGUCUACAUCAUCGCAAUGUGACCGAAUUCUCAAUGAUUGAUCUAUAGUUUACAUUCUUUCUUUCACUUGUAUUACUUAAAGCCAUUGUAUGACAUAUGGAACACUGUUUAAAAGUCUAAUCAUGAUAUUUUCAUAAGGAUGAUGAUAAUUAUGUGAAUUUUAUUGGUUCUAUAUUUUUGGGGAACUAUUGACCCGAAUGGUUCUGUUUCUUUAGUGUAGCAUCUCCUCUCUCCCCAACCCCGUGUCCAUGCAUAAGAACCUAUGGAAGACAAAUAGCCUUUUACCACUGACACCUGGGUGUUAGUUACUCUACUUGACAAGUUGCAACACACAAUGUUUUAUACUGAGAAGGGAAACGGUCAUAUGGGAUCACAUUGUUCUGGUUAGUUUUUCCUAAUUGGUAGAUAUUUUCAUAAAUGGGUGUUUAGGUUGGUUUUGCUGAUGGAAAUGUAAGGGAGUUAGUCAAAUUGAAUUGGGGUCAACCUAGAAUAUUGGGAUUGGCAAAGAGGUAAUCCAUUUGGGAUUAAAGGCACUGUGUAGGUUUGCCAUUAGGAAGUCCACUGUGGUGUUAAGAACCAUUACUUCCCCCAUUUAUUCCUACAGGAAUGGUGAGACAAUUUUUUUUUUUUAAGUUACGUUGAACUGUAAUAUGGGACAAAGUGUAUAUUGUUGUCAUGAUGAGAAAGGACUGAUAGAUGUUUAAGAAAUAUCAAAUAAAAUGUGAUUUCUGCCAAAUCUCUUAUUUCCAUGUCACUUUGCCCAUAGCUUAAAGUUUGUGAGGUGAUCACUGUAAUAAACAAAUAAAAAUACAUUUUAAAAAAGUUAACAUUUUA